AUGAUGCAGCAGAUCCUGCAGGAGAUGUUCAUCGAGCCGGACCUGCUGGCCGAGCUCAACGAGGAGCAGAAGCAGAUCCUCUUCUACAAGAUCCGCGAGGAGCAGGUGCGCCGCUGGAACGAGCGCGAGAGCCGCGACCCCAGCCCCCGCCUCCGCAAGACCGGUGAGCGGCGGGGCAUCCAGUGGCUGCUGGGCAGAGAUGGGGACGUGUGGGUGUGGGUGAUGGGGGAGGCGCAGGGGGACAAGCCCUACCAGGACAUCGUGGAGGAGCUGAUGGAGGAGCGCGCCAGGAAACAGGCCCAGCGCGAGGCCCAGGAGCUCUGGCGUGUGAAAGAGGCCGAGAUCGAAAAGAAGUUCCGGAACGCCAUGGCGAAAGAGAAGGCUCGCUUCGUCGCCGGGAAGUGGAGAGAGGAGAUCGACGACAGGCGAGCGGCGAAGCAGGUGGAGGAGGAGAACCGCAUCCGGGAAGAGCUGAAGAAAUGCAAGGAGGAGGAGAGGCAGAGGGGGGAGGAGGAGAUCCGGCGGGCAGAGGAGAGGAGAGCAAAAGAGCUGUACAUCUCCCUGAAGCAGGAGGAGAAGAGGAGCGAGAGAGAUGACAAGGAAUGGCAAGAACAAUUGAGGCGCUCGAAAGCGGCGGACGAGGAGAUGAAGACGAAGGCGAGGCGCGCCCGUGAUGAGUACAAGCGCCAGUCGCUGCGCGCCAUCGAGAAGGGCCUGGUGGCGGGCCUGAGCGGACUCUUCCAGAAGAUGCACCUCAACGGCUCGGGCCAGAGCCGACGGCACAGUGCCAUCAUCGAGCAUGAGUGCCCCGCCCAGCGCAGGCCCCACCCACUAUCGCCCCCUGUGUGGAUCCGGCCGCCCCGACCCAGUUCUCGCGAGUCCAUCCUGCGUUGGUUUCGGGAGGAACAGCGGCCCAAGAGAGCCGGUUAUGAGAGGAACAGCAAUACUAUAGCCCCCUGGUUCCACGGCAUCAUUUCGCGACAGGAGUCCGAGGCGCUGCUGAUGAACGCCGGCGAGGGCAGCUUCCUGGUGCGGGUGAGCGAGCGCAUAUGGGGCUACACGCUCUCGUACCGCACGCCGGCCGGCUUCAAGCACUUCCUCAUCGACGCCGCCGGCGACUACUACAGCUUUCUCGGCGUGGACCAGAACAGACACGCCACGCUGGCCGACCUGAUCGACUUCCACAAGGAAGAGGUCAUCACCACAUCCGGAGGAGAGCUCCUCCAGGAGUCUCGUCGUCCGAGGUCCUCCAACGUGGACUAUGGGGGCCUGUUGCUCCUGCCCCCUCCCCCCUGA